AUGUUUUACUCUCAUCAAUACAAAUCACUUCGAUUUCCCAUUCAGUGUGUUUGGCUCAAACUGAAUGGCUCGUGGCCUUUAUCGCCAACGUCAACAGAAAAGAGAAGCGAACCUUUUUUUGGCAAAUCAUUUUUUGCCACCGCUUAUACAAUAUGGGCGUGGUACGUUAUAGCUUCCGUUGGCAUAACAAUCAGUUAUCAAACCGCUUUUCUGAUUAAAAACCUAUCGGAUAUUAUAAUUACCACGGAAAACUGCUGUACCACAUUCAUGGGGGUUCUGAACUUUGUCAGACUUAUUCAUUUACGCCUCAAUCAACAGAAGUUUCGAGAACUGAUUAAACAUUUCUACUACGAAGUUUGGAUACCAGACAGUUCGAAGAACAAUGUUGCUGCUGAGUGUCGUAAGCGGAUGAUCACAUUUAGCAUCAUGACUGCUUUGCUAUCGUGCCUUAUUAUCAUGUACUGCGUCAUGCCAUUGGUUGAAAUAGUUUUUGGCCCAGAACUAGACCCACAGGACAGGCCAUUCCCCUACAAAAUGGUGUUUCCAUACAAUGCCAACAAAAGCUGGAUCAGCUAUGUGCUCACCUACAUAUUUACAUCGUAUGCAGGCAUUUGUGUGGUGACCACCUUGUUCGCAGAAGAUUCCCUUUUCGGGUUCUUCAUAACCUACACUUGUGGCCAAUUUCAAUUGCUUCACGAACGAAUCGACAAGUUAUUUACGGAACACAACGAAAACGACGAACAAAUGCAACUAGAGCGCCUCAAAGGAAUUGUACAAAAACAGAACAAUAUUAUAAGAUUCGCAAAUCGCUUGGAGGACUUUUUCAAUCCAAUUCUAUUGGUCAAUCUUCUGAUUUCAUCAGUUCUUAUUUGCAUGGUUGGCUUUCAAAUAAUAACUGGUAAAAAUAUGUUUAUUGGGGAUUAUGUAAAGUUCAUAAUUUAUAUAUCCUCGGCCAUUUCACAAUUGUACGUACUCUGCGAGAAUGGAGACGCAUUAAUAAAGCAGUCCACUUUGACAGCGCAAAUUCUAUAUAGUUGCCAAUGGGAAGUCCCUGCUCGAAUCCAGCCCCACUCGCGUAAAUCGACAGGCAAGGAUAAUAUCCGAAAUCAUCUAUGGUUCAUGAUACUCUGCAGCCAACAACCCGUAAGGAUAACGGCUUUUAAGUUCUCAACCUUGUCUUUACAAAGUUUUACGGCGAUAUUAAGUACAUCAAUGAGCUAUUUCACAUUAUUGCGGUCAGUUUACAUCGAUGACGAAAAGAAACACGGCUAAAUGUUUUGUUAAAUAAGUAUCGAUGAUAAAUAAAUAUAUGUCAGUUAAUACAGUUCAA